GCUAUGACAAAAAAAGGACAAUCAAUCGUCAACAAUAUGUUUGUUUGUUUCUGUUCUAUGUAAAGUUGGGAAGUACUUUUUUAAUACCCCCCAAAAAACAACUUGAGAUUAAUCAUGCUCAACCGAUAGAUUUAGAGUAUUCUUCCUUUGAACCGAUUCUUGAACAGCAUCUUGGGUCAUGAUGGCAAACAGGUUCUACCAUGCUCCAAACGGUAGCCAAGCAUCAGCUGCCCAGCGCCAUAACCCAGCGAUGGCGGGGUUGACGCCCAGAGGUAGAGGUGCUGGUCAGAGGCACCCAGGGGCACCCAUGAGUGACCAGAAGGCGAAGACAGUGCUGAAAGAAGCAGUCGAUGCUGUGGUCAAUAGUUUCGCAAAGCACACACAUGGCUACGGCAGAGUCAAUGUUGUGGAAGCGUUGCAAGAGUUCUGGCAGAUGAAAGCAUCUCGCGGCACAGAACUGAAAGGAGGCCCUCUUGUGGUCUACGAGUCCAUUCCGACAUCAAGUCCACCAUACGUUUGCUUCGUCACCCUGCCAGGAGGAAGCUGCUUUGCUAGUUUCCAGAACUGUCCCACCAAGGCAGAGGCAAGGCGCAGUGCGGCUAAGAUAGCCCUCAUGAACUCUGUCUUCAACGAGCACCCGUCGAGAAAAAUCACCGAUGAGUUUAUCAACAAGGCUGUUGAAGAUGCAAAGAAAUCGUUCAAGGGUUCACCCGAAGAUGAGAACGACCCCAACACGAGCCUUGGAGCAUUCCGCUUCAUGCUGGAAGCCAAUCGCGCCAAGUCCAUGCUGGAAUUCCAAGAGCUGAUGACCGUCUUCCAGCUCCUGCACUGGAACGGCAGCCUGAAGGCUAUGAGAGAGCGGGACUGCUCCCGCCAGGAGGUCCUUGCCCACUACUCGCACCGCAACCUCGACGAUGACAUGAGGAGUCAGAUGGCCCUGGACUGGAUCUCCCGGGAGCAGGAGAUGUGCGGGAUCAUCGCCGAGGAGCUCCACCGAGCCGACGACGAGAUCGAGACGGCGAGACUCGCCGGGAGAGAGCUGCGCUUCCCGAAGGAGAAGAAGGACAUCUUGAUGCUUGCUUGUAGUCAGCUUGGUCCAGGUUAGAUCCCGCCUCAACCACGUCAUCCAUGCUUUCAAAUAGUCACCUUAAAAUUUCAGAGGUUAAACAGGGAAAAUAUUGGUCAAAAAUAGAUAAGAAUUUGGUUUCUUCAAGGGAUGACACACUGUCAUCCAGGACUCCAUUCAUUGGGGAAGUCCACAGGACCACAGGGAUGAAGGCACAGGAUGUGUUGGUAAUUACUCAAAAUAUAAGUUUGGCAGUGCAGGGGUCGAUUUCACAAAGAGUUAGGACUAGUCUCGGGUUAUAGUUUGGUAAUUACUCAUAAUAUACAUCAGCAUAAAUACGGAGAGCUGUUGAUAGUAUACAACUUAACUAUAUUGACUCCAUCUGAAAGAAAUGUAGUUUUUGAGAAAGGGGUAAUUUCUCACUAAAAUAUUUGAAUCUGAGAAGGACGUCAGGCCUAAAG